AUGUCGCGAACCACCCUUAGACUCGGUGAUGUGCUCUGCAUUAAUAUUCCCGAGCAUGAACCCAUGAGAUGCCUUGCAAAAAUUUACAGGAUCAAGAAGAAUGUGGUCUUUGCCGUGAAAUGCCAGAACCAAAUCGCGCGAAAGAAUAGCAGAACAGCUCAUAGGAUUCUACAACACAAGAUGUCUUUCCGAGAUGAAGAACACGACGUCAUUGAAAAGAGUAUUGCGGAACUAGUUGAUCUCCUCAUACAUGGCAACUGGAAACACAAUGACAGCCAGACGCAAAAAGAGAACCUACACCAGAAAUGGUUGGAUUUAUGGCACGCUCGGAUCCAAAGGCAUCGGGAAAUGCGGCAGAUCGAAGCUAGCAUACUGGAUCUUGACAUAGCAAAUCGACCUGAAUAUGAACCAGAGACGGAUGUCUCCAAGAUUGAGGAUCACAUCCAUGAAAUCACCCACGUCCCCGCAAUUAUACAAUACCCCACUCUACAACUUGAGCCCGGCGAGAAAUCCACACACGAGCACAAUGAAAUUGUGAAUACAUUCUUCUCUACAAGGGAUACCACAGGUACCGACGUCAUGGAGCACAAGAAAUGCCCGAUCAAGAAACUUCGAGUACCAUCAUUCAGCGAUAUCACAAGUGAUGAUGGGCAACUGCCGAGCCAAGUAUCACUAUCCACGGAAAACCUCGGCCUUGAUGUUUCUUUAAGUACAAACCAACAGCAUAUGAUUAAUUAUAUCAUAAGCACCAUCUGGAGACUCUGUGCCGUAUUUCAGCUUCAACAUGACACUAUCCUUUCUCGAGAUGAUGCCGGGAAUCCUCAGGAGCAAUCCAUCAUUCAAUUCAAAAUGCUUCUUGGUGCGAGGUUCCCCCUACCGAGAUUCCAAGAUGUCUCUCACAUAAUCAUACCAUUUACUUAUGUCUUAAGUCAAUUCAUGUGCAUUUUUCUCGGGCCAAGUUUGAGUUUCACGCUGGUUUUUGUUGCCGCCUUGGGUGGAUGGUGCUGGUCGGUGGUGAGGCCGAAGAAGCUGCAGAAUAUGAAGACCGAAUGA